AUGGCUGACGACGCUGCUAACACCGCCCCUACAGGAGGAGACAACGCCGAAUACAUCAAGAUCAAGGUCGUCGGACAGGACAGUAACGAGGUCCACUUCCGAGUCAAAUUUGGAACAUCGAUGGCGAAGCUGAAGAAGUCGUAUGCUGACCGCACUGGAGUCUCUGUCAACAGUCUCCGUUUCCUCUUCGACGGACGUCGCAUCAAUGACGAAGACACUCCAAAGUCGCUCGAGAUGGAGGACGACGAUGUUAUCGAGGUGUACCAAGAGCAGCUCGGAGGACAAUAA